UCAACAUUCCCGGUUAAGUCUUAUGCUGCAAUUGAAGAUCCUGCUGUCCUGCUUUCUUCUUCACCAAUUUUUUACACUUUCAUUGUAGUCAGUGAUUGUCGAUGCUUGGCUUAUGAUUUCUUUUUUUGUGGACCUGAUUUGUCUCGUGCUUAGUGCCUCAAAUUUAUUUGGGUUUUGUAGCUGGAGGUGUGAAUUGAACACUGGUAUCAUGGGCGCAGGAUUACUGCUUUGUGCAUUGAAUAAUUUUUCUUGCUUAAUUCUUUGUGGCAGUUGUUGGGUUAUUCUUUCUUAUGGAAGGUUAAUGACUGAACUACAUACAGCUAUUGCGAUCCCCACUCCUCCCUCCCGUAGAAAUAGAACCCAGGAUCGUAAGAUCCUUGGGGGAUUGCCCUACCACUGUGUUAUGUGUUCUUGAGCUCACCUCCAUCUAUUUUGUGAACUGGAUGUAUAAGAAACCAUGUCUUAAUAACCAUAGAGAUAUAGAGCAUAGUGAAUGGUCGUUUGGUGUGUUCCUCUGUUGCUGAUGGAUAGAAAAGUUCUGUCUUUGAACUAGUCAGGACCUGAGUGCAAGAAUGGCAUAUGAGCAUCAACGUAGUAAGUAGGUAAGUAAACAACUCCGUGUACGAGACUCCCCCAAUGGGCGAGAUCGAAGGGGGUUGGGGACAGAUAGAAUGUAUGCAGAUCUUACCCAUAAAUAAUAUGUGGAAAGAUUGUUCUAGGAAUUGAACCUAUGAUCUCUAGGUUGCACCACUCCAACUCUACUACUUGAUCACAUGUUCACCUGUAAAACAACUAUUAUUCACAAGACUCUUGUAGGCAUAAUGUACGCAGACUUUACUCCAACAUAAUAUGUGGAGAGUCUGUUUACAGGAAUUGAACUUGUGACCUAUAGGUUACAUCCUUGCAACUCUACCACUAGUCCACAUGUUUGUCUGCAACUCUACCAUUGGGCCACAAAAUAAACACAAGAAAUCUUGAUUGUACAUCGUGUUCUUAUAUUGUAGGGCUAGAUUUGUUUCAUUCCUCCUAGCCAAUGUUGUCAUUAGCUCAGUUCUAUUUUGAAUGACCUUUUUUCAUCUUCACCUAUUCAAGAUUUUAGCUUGGCCUUAUAAAUCUUUUAGUUGGAGGGCUAAUUGUAUUUCAAAUGCACAUAUGUAAAUUUUUCUUGUUAGAUUAUACUAUAUUUGUUCAAUACAUGCAAGUUGGGGUUGUUGGUUCUCUUAGUGGUGGAGAUUGGAAAGAAAAAUGGAUUCGAGGAGGGAUCGGAAGUACUUCCUAAGAAUAGAAAACUGAAGAAGAAACUUCUGUUGAUUACUUUAUGGAUAGUUGGCUUAGCACUGUUAAACUUUGGAGUUCUGAUAGGAAUUUUUUGGAUAGCAUUAGCUUAUCUAUCUUGUAACUUGUCUGGUUUGCCCUUGGUGCUUCUUAUUGGAAUAUCCUUUUUGCAUUAAGAAACAGUGUUUUGGCAAGCACCUCAUAUACUUUUUACAGAAGACUUCAAUGGGUGAGUCAAAAGAUACUGGAAUUCAUAAGAGCACGAAAAAUGGAGGUGCCAAGGCUUUUGAUCCAGCAUUUCGUACAUUCUUUGUGCAGCUUCCUCACAAGUUUCAGAAUAGUCUGCUUAACAAACUAAUUAAAGGUGGGGAAGAAGCAAACUCCACGAGCUCUGACCUGAGAAAGGAAAGAGAGUUAUGUGGUGCUUAUAAGAUCGACCUGGAGAAGCAGUUGCAAGCUUGGAAAGAAAAUCCUUCAUGGGUUGAUCAACCUCCAGAAAUAAAGGUCACUGUACCAAAAGGUUCUCUCAGCUUACUGAAUGUGAAAGUCAAUGUUGGGUUACCCCCGGAUGAAGUGUAUAAUAUUGUGACUAACCCUGAUAAUAAGAGGAUUUUCAAGAAUAUUAAGGAAGUGGUAUCCAGAAAAGUUUUAAUCGACGAAGGUCUGAGGCAGGUGGUUGAAUUGGAACAAGCAGCUUUAUGGAAAUUUCUUUGGUGGUCAGGGACCAUUUCAGUUCAUCUUUUAGUCGAUCAGAACAGACAAGAUCACUCGAUGAAGUUCAAGCAAAUCAAAACAGGGUUCAUGAAAAAAUUUGAAGGUUGCUGGAGAGUAGGACCGGCAUUCGUUGAUGAGAAAAUGUGCUUGCCAUUCAAGCCUAAGACAUUGGCAGACUACUAUUCAUGUACUGGAGGCAAAGGAAGGAUUGGGUCGAACGUGAUCUUGGAACAAUUAAUCCAGCCAGCCAUAGUCCCACCUCCACCCAUUUCCUGGUACCUUAGGGGAAUUACCACCAAGACCACUGAAAUGAUAAUACAUGAUCUGUUGAUUGAAGCUGCCAGAAUCCGUGGUGGUUUCAAUGCUGCAAAUUCUGGAGAGCAUCAUGCAUUUCAGGGUCAAUUUGAUGAAGAUCCAGUUAACAGAUCGCGUGAUAUUAAAGAAAGAUGGGCCUUGCGGAGGAGAAUAUCGAAGCAAAAGAUUACAAGACAAUCUGCUGAAUAAAGCUCUUCAUUUGUAUAAUAAUUGUAUUUCGAUUAGUGUCGAAAUUUUGCAAUAAUAUGAUUGAAGAUGUAUCCUGCUAGACAUUCUUAUUUUGAGUUAUUCUACGCUCUUGAUAUCCGGCUUCAAACUCGCAUCAGGAAACACUACUGUUAGGAAGAAGCUCUUGCUGGUUCA